UUUUGUAAUAAUGUUCAUAAAAUAGAAGGAAAAAUCAAUGAUAUUUUAGGAAUAUAUAUGCUCGGCUAGUCGGCUAAAAAAAUCCGGUCACCCGGAUUCUAAACCGGACAUGCAGUAGACCGGAUUUGACCCGUUUCAAUUCGGUCGGUUUUUAAUAAAACCGGUGACCCAGGUGUUUUAAAUCGGACCGGGUCAAGUUUGCUUUUUCUGUCCGUCUCCUCCACUCGUACUUCUUGCCUUUGUCUCACCAUCUGCCGCCUCUGCGUAUCCUGGUUUGUCGUCGCCGUCCUUUGCUCCGCCGUCGUCGUGCUUGGGCUGGCCGUCUGCCUCUCCUACUCCUCUGUAUCUACUUCUACCUGUGCUAGAAAGCUUUGGAUCCUGUGUAUUGUGGUCAAUCCAUAGUUAUUAACUAAUUAUCGACCUCCACCGUCCCUCUGCUCUGCGACUGUGAUUCACCUAAAAUGUUCGCCAAGAGACUCAUUUCCUUCCUUAGGUCCUCUCCAAAAUCUCAGCUUUCAAGUUCCACAAAGAAUGUGGAUGAAGGCAAGAGCAAAUAUUUCGGUCGCAAGGCAGUGUCGUUUGUUUUGAUUACUGUUACGGGUGGUGUUGCUCUAAGUGCCCUUGAUGAUCUUGCCAUCUAUCAUGGCUGUAGCAGCAAGGCCAUGGAGCAAGUGAGCAAGAACCAGGCAUUAAUAGAUGCUAUUGGAGAACCAAUAGUUAAAGGUCCAUGGUACAAUGCAUCUCUGGCGGUAGCUCAUAAGAGGCAUUCUGUGUCUUGCUCAUUUCCUGUUUCUGGACCACAAGGCACAGGUAUCUUACAGCUAAAGGCAGUUCGAAAUGGAGAGGACACUUGGUCUUCCUUUUUUCUUCCCCGAGAUUGGGACAUUUUAAUCAUGGAUGCCCUCCUUCAUUUACCUGGGAAUGAUGAGAGGAAUAGAACGAUGCGGAUUAAUCUCUCUGACAAGUUGGCUUCUUCUUGUACUGCUGCUGCUUGCACUGCAUGCGUACCUUCUCCAUCACAAAAUUCAAAGGCUAAAUUGAGUACCACUCAAUGAUAAUAAGUGUAUGUAGCAAAAUUUAAUUCAGCUACAUACUGCGUUUAUGUUUCAAACAAUUUGUUUAGUUGAGGCUGGGAGGAUGUCAAUAUUUGUUUUUACAGAAUAAAAUUUCGGAAUUUUUGUUUGGUGUAACAUACUGUAAUAUUAUUUACCAUUUUAUUUCACUAGAAAAUAAA